AGCAUUGUGAUAUUUUGUCAUUUAAAGCUCCUGUGAUGAGUUUUUGACUUUUAUGAAAUUGACACGUUGAGGACGAGAUGUACAAAGACUGAUUUGUCCACUAGGGGCCGCCAAAUCUGACACAAAGUUCCCCACAGGAGCUUUAAGUUUGAAAAUAACCGUUCGAUUAUUCCAGAUGAGGUUUUCUCUAAGAAGGUGUGCAGCUACAUGGAGGUCCUGGACUACCUGAACCUGACCAAAGACAACAGCGCCUUCAAACUGACCCGACCUGUUCUGGACCACACGCAACCGACCAUCGUGGAGCUGAACAUCAUCCUCUAUGCCAUACUGGCUGUGGUAGGUUCUCCGUAUGAGAGUCGACUCGUAAACGCGGCGACGCUCUGGGUUAGUUUAGACAUGUUUGUGUUUUUGUAUUCGUCCACAGAUCGAGAAAACUCAAACUUUCAUUCCUUUCAUUUGGGCGACUUUGGUGAGUGAACGUUUUAACCUUCGAUAUCUCACAUGUUACUUUAAGAUAAGCUAGCAGUUUAUUUUAAACGGAACAUUUCCACAUCGUAGCAGGAUAGCUCUCAGGGUUUGAGUUGAUUUGCAUCCUUUGCUUUGUUUAAAACCCAAUCGUGAUAAAGACAAUAAUCCAAAUCCAUCAAUUAGAAGAAGAUAUCUCGUCCGAACAUCCACACUGUGCUGCUCUGUCUGCUGUUUGUCUUUCUGGUGUUUCACUGUCAUCAUCUACAGUCGUGGAAUCAUGACCUUAUCUCAUGGGAUCCUGAGGAGUUUUGUGGGAUCUCUCAGGUUGCAAUUCCCAGAGAAAUGCUGUGGAGACCCGACCUCUUCAUCUAUGAGAUGUGAGACUGCACACUGAGACACAAAGAUGAGACGAUAUGAGAAAAAAAAAAACUAUUUUGAUUUCAGUAAAAUGAGAUUUGUUGGCAUAAAUACACAUUGACAAUGUCGCUAAAGUAUUUACAUAUCUAUAACUUAUAUUAUAAUGACAUUUAUGAUGAGUGUUAAAGCUCCUCUAAGGAGUUUUUUUAAUGCUUAUGAAAUAAACUCAGAUUUAUAUAUCACAUAAAGAAAAGCAGACCAUCAGGUGACAAGAUUUAGACUAAUUUUAAAUGUAUGAAACUGGUUUAAGGCGGUAGGUGCCCUGUUUUUGCAUAUUCUUUAUACAGUAACUAUAACAAAUCAAACACAUGACUGUAAAAAGUCAGGAGGAUGAGAUUUUUGACUAUUUUAUCCACAGGAGGGCGCCAAAUCUGACACAGAUUAAAAGUUCUUAGCAGGAGCUUUAAACAUAAAUAUACUCUUAUCUACCUGAAGACACAGAGCCAGUUUUUUUGUUGUCUUUUAAAAUGAGAUAAAAUAAAUAAUGUUACUAAACCUGGAAAAAAAAUCAAAGAGAGUGUAAGGUAGUAAUAAUAAUAAUGAUGAUAAUGAUAAUAAUAAUAAUGAUAAUAAUAAUGACAAUAAUGAUAAUAAUAAUAAUAAUAAUAAUAAUAAUAAUAAUAAUAAUGAUGAUAAUAAUGAAAAUAAUAAUAAUAAUGAUGAUGAUAAUAAUGAUCAUAAUAAUAAUGAUAAUAAUAAUAAUAAUAAUAAUAAUAAUAAUAAUAAUAAUAAUGAUGAUGAUAAUAAUAAUGAUAAUAAUGAUAAUAAUAAUAAUGAUAAUAAUAAUAAUAAUGAUGAUGAUAAUAAUAAUGAUAAUAAUAAUAAUAAUAAUGAUAAUAAUAAUAAUGAUAAUAUAAUAAUAAUGAUGAUGAUAAUAAUAAUGAUAAUAAUGAUAAUAAUAAUAAUGAUGAUGAUAAUAAUAAUGAUAAUAAUGAAAAUAAUAAUAAUAAUGAUGAUGAUAAUAAUGAUAAUAAUGAUCAUAAUAAUAAUAAUAAUAAUAAUAAUAAUAAUGAUAAUAAUAACAAUCAUAAUAAUAAUAAUAAUAAUAAUAAUAAUAAUAAUAAUAAUAAUAAUACAUCAGAUUCCAUAUAGCACUUUAUCAGAGACACUCAAAGUCCUUUACAUUGGAUACAUCAUUCAUUCGCUCACACAGUCACACGUCGGUGACUGUUGUCUGACAUGAACAGACAUAUCACAGGUUUGCAACACUUUAUACUCCGAUUAACUGUUUGUUUAAAGGGUUAAGAGUUCACUGUGCGCUGAUGUUUAAGUACAAACACCAGUGAAAUUACGAUUGUGAGAAAUGAGUCGAGCAGGCUCAUGACCCCGUCAGAGAGACACAGAGAACUCCAUCAUCCUCCGAGCUCCUCUGUGUUUCCUGUCAAACAGCGUGAGUCUGAAAUCUUUUGCAAACACACCUGAUGAAUGAAACGUUUGUGUGUUUCAUCAGGAUAGAGAAGGAUGCAUCCCCCGCGAACCCUUACGUGCUCGUGUCCUACAACGGCACAGUCCAGUCUGAAGAUGACAUAAAGGUGGUCAGCACCUGUAAAAUGGACGUCCACAAGUUCCCCUUUGACACGCAGAAAUGCAACAUCACCAUUGGAUCUGCAAUACACCACGGUGAGGGGCGCGUUGAGAGUACGGUGUGUGUGUGUGAACGCCAGAGUUACAGCGUUUUUUUUAAUCUGUCUUCCUCAGUUGACGAAGUACGGCUGUUUCCUCGCUCCAACACGUCUCGGGCGACGCAGUUUUCACGAGAGAUUAUGAAGACGCAGGGAGAGUGGGAGUUCCUGCAGCUAUCAGUGACCACCUCCAAUAUCAGCUUCAACGACAGGAACUGGGAAAACCUCAUAUACACGGUACACAAAAUGAAAAAUACUCAUCGAAUUAUUCAACCUCUGCUUUAUAAUCACUAGUUUCUGUUUGCACUGUAUCCUGUCCUGCAAUCCAGGCAACAGCAGCAAAUACAGAGAGUUAGAAGCAGAGGCGGUGGUGAUACUGGCAAUAGUGUUAAAAUUAAAUGUUUACACACUUUAUAUCUGUAAUCCCAGUUCAGCAUGAAGAGAAGACCUCUCCUUCAUGUCAUCAACUUCCUGUUGCCCAUCCUGUUCUUCCUGAUUCUGGACCUCGCCUCCUUCUUCAUCGCAGACCACCGAGGGGAAAAACUGGGCUUCAAAGUCACAGUGCUGUUGGCCAUCUCCGUCCUGCUGCUCAUCCUGAACGACAUCCUGCCCUCCAUGUCCAACAACACUCCCCUCAUUGGUACAGAUCUGAGCUUUUCAUGAUUGAUUGACUUUAAACAGUUUCUUAUUGUAUUUUUGUCUUUCUCAGCGACCUACUGUAUCGUGAUCUUUGCGCUGAUGCUGCUCAGUCUGCUGGAGACGAUCCUGGUCACGUAUCUUCUGGAAAGGGACUCUCCUUCCCAUGAGACGUUGAGGCUGGAGGAGGACUGUGUGGCCAGAAAGGAAAAGAUGACAAAAACUCACAACUGUGACACAGGUGAGAUCCAGACCAUGGACCAGGACCAGCAGGUUUCAAGUGUUUGAGGAAGUGUUCCAGUCAUUGUGAUAAACCUGCUGUUUUGUUUCCAGAGGAGAAGAGACAGACCUGCUGUUCCUGCAUUUGUAAAAAAUCGUCUGGUGAGAAACAACAUGAACUUCUGCCUGUGGCUGAGGAGGUACAGCUUCAUCGAUUCAUCAAUCUCUCGUCCUGAGGGUUUUAAUUCAGAACCAUGAAAUUAGGAAUAAAGGUCACAACAGUGUUCUAGGAUAAAGACUUUUACAGUUAUUAUUACAGUCAGCAAUGUGCAGUUUCCAUGCAGACGUGUAGCUCUCUCUAUUAUCGCCUGUAAGGUAGUUGAGAGUCCUUUUCUGGGUAAAUUACCUAAACAUAAUCAUCUAUAUGUCCCUCAACAUUGUCUUUUUUUCUAAGCAGCCAUGUAGAAUACUUGUUUCUUAUUGGUCAAAGCCGCCCGACAACGCCCUGAUACAGUUAUUAACUCUGCAAAGUCAGAAACGUUCAGAUCAGACACAUUAUAUCAAGGAUUUCAUUUUCUGUUAGCAUGCUAAGCUGUUUGGUUGAAACGCAUGGGUAUAUAUAUUAUACUGGAUUCUGUCCUGCAAUCCAGGCAACAGCUGCAGAGCUAGAGUUCGUAUUUCUUAGUUAUCAAUCACCACAAUGAAGCUUAAACCUCAUGUGGUAUUGGUGAUAGCAACGAUGUUAAGAGUCGAGACUUUUGCCUGAUUCUGGUAAAGGUGCGUCAACAGCUCUGAGAACAAGAGGAGGUAAAUGAGGACGAACGACAACAUUUAUAAUCUCACAUUAGACCCUUUUUUGUUCCUUAAGAAUCAACUUGUCUUAAGGAUACAUUCGAUUAAACUAUAAUUAUAUAAGCAUGCUAAUGUUUUAACCUGGCUGUUAAUCCAAUUUCCAUUUUUUAUGCUUAUUCGUGCCGCCUAAUGAGGGAUUGUAGGACAGAAUCUGCAGCUAUAGAUUUGAAGAGCACAAAACUCAAAAACCAGAGAAGCCCCCUCUGUCAGGAGAUGGAGAUGUUGUGCUGAUGUGCUAACUCUACCACCCCUCUCUCUCUCUGUGUAGGUGAACUGCUGCAGUCAGUCUGGAGACUCCCCGGUGUUGCUGUUGAUCCUGCAGGAGCUGAGGGAGAUGCAGAAAACGGUGAAUCUGCAUCUAAACAGCAGAGCGAAAGGAGGGAAGUCUGUCCUCUUGGCUGCAAAAAUCAACCGAGUUUUCUUUAUUUUCUACGUCACCACAGCGUCUCUGUUUCUACCUCUGAUCUUCAUUGAAUGGCACAGUUAGGAAUAAAAUAGUGGCUUGUAAUACCUCUCUUUCUUUACGGCAAGUAGAGUGCCAAACUUUAAAUGUUUAUGUGUUACAGAGGUCUUUUGGUGUUUUGGUGACUUUUUAUUAAAGACAAAGUUACAGGUUCAUCUGAACAUACAGAUCAUUACAGAUAAAUAAAAGGUUAAUGUGG